GCACGCGCCGCGAGCAGCCCUUGUCCUCGCGCCGCCGGCCGUCUGACAGCUGGGUUGCGUUCAACGACCGCCUCGCCGUCCACCUUUACACCGUCACAGAGGGACCCACAGGCGGCUGCUCCGGCUCCGGUCCGCCACCUCUGGCUAAUUAGUAGCCCCCCGGUUUACGUCCGCGAACUGCGGCUUUAACUCUGGAGCAGGAAGGAUUUUUCGCCUUUUUUUUUUUUUGGUUGUUGUUGUAAGGAGCGCUCUCAGAAGUCUUCCUCGUAAACUGGUUUUCCCGGCACGUUUACGGUCCGGAGGCAAGAGAGAAGCUCAGGGAACCGACUUAAUCGUUUUGUUUCCCUCGAUAAAAAAGAUGGCGUCCACCGACUCGCGGCUCCAGCAGCAGCCCUCGCAGAAGGAUGCGGCUGACCAGAACUUCGACUACAUGUUUAAGCUGCUGAUCAUCGGGAACAGCAGCGUGGGGAAGACCUCCUUUCUGUUCCGCUACGCAGACGACUCCUUCACCUCCGCCUUCGUCAGCACCGUGGGCAUCGACUUUAAGGUCAAGACGGUAUUCCGCAACGACAAGCGGAUCAAGCUGCAGAUCUGGGAUACGGCGGGGCAGGAGCGCUAUCGGACCAUCACUACAGCCUAUUACCGGGGAGCCAUGGGUUUCCUCCUCAUGUAUGACAUCACCAACCAGGACUCCUUCAACGCAGUGCAGGACUGGGCGACACAGAUUAAGACCUACUCGUGGGACAACGCUCAGGUGAUCCUAGUCGCCAACAAGUGCGACCUGGAGGACGACCGGCUCAUACCCACCGAGGACGGCCACCGGCUGGCAGAGGACCUGGGUUUCGAAUUCUUCGAGGCCAGCGCCAGGGACAACAUCAACGUGAAGCAGGUGUUCGAGCGGCUGGUGGACGUGAUCUGCGACAAGAUGAACGAGAGCGUCGAGGGGGACGCCGCCCUCAUGUCCAACCACAGGAGCCCGGGCUUUAAAGACUCCCCCUCGGAAAGCCACGGGGGCUGCGCUUGUUAACCCACCCGUCUCGCAACAUAUAAAUGUACACACACACACACACACAGACACACAUGCAUAUACACACACUGAUGAAAAAGAAAAAAAAAAUCUUCCGCGUGCCUAAACCUUGGAAAGUGCCGUGCCUCUUCUUCUGUGUUUUGCUCAUCUCCAUCAGACCCCCUCCUUAAAAAAAAGGCCCACCCACCACCACUCCGUCGGUUGCUUCCUUCGGCUUUUAUUCUUGUUUGCAAGUUUAUUUCACGGAGUUAAAAAAUAGAAACAGAUAGCAACAAGCUAGCAGAACACAAAUGGCUGGGUCCGAUCCCAAAGUUGAAAAAGGUUUUGUAGUUUUUCACCCACACGUGUGUCUUUUAAAAGCGGUUUUAUGAGCGAAAAUGAGAUGUUAAAUAUGUUCAUGGCUACUGAUUCUUUCAGUGUUUUCUGAUCGAUUUUAACUGAUACCAAACUGACGUUUGCAACAUGAGCCAUGUUGUGUCCUGUUAAUGAGUGAAGUCCGGAAGCGUUAGCUAUUUUCUUACAGUCAGCAGUAUACAUUCACCAAAGAUUUAAAACAGAAAAAAAAUCACAUAUUACAGUUUUUCCAAGUUUUCUGCUUGUUUGCUGCAGACUUGCAGCAGUUUUUUUGUUUUUUUUCAGUACUAAGAUGGCAGUGAAUGUGGGUCAGAGCCGUUUAGCUGCUGAAUACGACGAAAUGGAGCAGCAUAGAUGUUCUGUGGUUGGGGCGAGGGACAUAAAUACUUUUUUUUCUUUUUCUUUUCUUUUUUUUGUUUGUACUUUGAUCUGUUUUGUGGGAGAAAAUAAAUCCCAUCCCUAUCACAGCCCCUCUCAUACUCUCCACACUGUGGGCACUUUGACCACUGACAGAUCCCAAUACGUCACAUGACCCCCCUUCAAAAUAAAUAUCUCCCCUUAAGCAGAUGACCUGAGGUAGAGGCACAUUUUGAACCCUGGCCUUCUCCAUGUGUAACGUGCUCAAAAUGAGAAAACUGAUCUCCCACACAUGUUCUAUUCUCCCUCUACACUGUUCUCUCAUUCACUCCUUUACUGGAACAUGACAAAACUGUGAGCACAAACACAGUUGCUCACAGUAUUUGUCAUAACUGAGCAUUUAAAAAAGCAAAUAAUCCUGCAUGGUGUGCACGCGUCUGUUUGCUCUCUGAAAGGGAAGAA